AUGACAUUCGCAACUGUCCAAAAAACAUCACGCGUUGCUGACACAUGCUAUGCACCCCAACUCCGGCAGCUGCAAGAGCACGAUCUUGAUCUCGGCUUGCCCGUCGAGGAACAUCGGGAUCGGGUCCGGCGAAUAUGGCAGGGGUGGCUGGCAGCCGGGUCUGCAGGCGUUGAGCCAGCGCAGCGUCUGGGCCGCAUGCUUGACGCUUUUGCGGGUCGUCGGAGCAUUGCUACACGACGCGCGAUCAGUCAUGGAAGGUUUAGGAUAGCCGUUGACGCUGAAGCACAGCGUGGACAAGCAACCCCAACACAAACAGGACUGAGUAUUGGCAACCAAAAGCGAUUGGGGGAUUGGGGGUGCGUGACACGUCGCUGGGCACGUCGCACGGCCCUACUCUUCUUGGUCUCUUCUGUUAUCUGUCGGCCAGUCGAAGUGCUAGGAGGCUCUGGAAAAGGACAAAAAGGCUCUAAGCUCUAG